ACGAGAUUGUCAACAAGGCGUUCUUCUUCUUCCACUUCGAGCUAGAAGCUGCCAGGGACCUGAUCUCGGAGAGCAACGACAACUUUCCUUGACCAGAAUGGGCGGUGACAAUUUGUCAGCAGUGUUAUACGGCAAAAAUGACUUGAGGCUUGAAAAUCGACCCAUUCCUGAACCUGGUCCUAAUGACGUACUCCUUCGAAUGUCCCAAGUUGGGAUAUGUGGAUCAGAUGUCUCCUACUUAACCAAAGGUUAUAUUGGAGACUUUGUUGUUAAACAGCCAAUGGUUCUAGGCCAUGAGUCCUCAGGAGUAGUUGUUUCCUGUGGCAGCAAAGUGAAACAUCUUAAACCAGGUGACAGAGUUGCGAUAGAACCAGGCGUACCUUGCAGGAUGUGUGACUUCUGCAAAGGAGGCAAAUAUAACUUGUGUCCUGAUGUUUUCUUCUGCGCCACUCCACCUGAUCAUGGAAAUCUAUGCCGUUUCUACACACAUGCUGCUGAUUUCUGCUACAAGUUACCUGACCAUGUUACCUUAGAGGAAGGGGCUAUUCUGGAACCCCUAAGCGUUGGUGUUCAUGCUUGCCGAAGAGCAGGAGUUACCAUAGGGUCCAAUGUACUUAUCUGUGGAGCAGGUCCCAUUGGACUUGUCAAUCUUUUAACAGCAAAGGCAAUGGGCGCAACAAAAGUUUGUAUCACUGAUAUCGCACAGAAUCGUCUAGAAGUUGCCAAACAGAUGGGAGCAGAUUACACGGUUCUGGUUGAUACUGGAGAUGCAGAGGCUUUGGCUAAAAGGAUAAAGGAACUGAUGGGAGGAAUGCCAGACAUCACCAUUGAAUGCAGCGGAGCUGAGCCAAGCAUUCGUCUUGGUAUCUUUGCAACAAAGUCAGGUGGUAUGAUGGUACUGGUUGGUUUAGGACCAGCAGAGGUCAAAGUGCCAAUUGUUAAUGCCGCUGUCAGGGAGGUUGAUAUCAGAGGCAUUUUCCGAUAUGCUAACUGUUACCCUACUGCCCUGGAUAUGAUAGCAUCGGGAAAGAUCAAUGUAAAACCACUUAUUACUCAUCGCUACAAGUUAGAGGAGUCGGCUAAGGCCUUUGAAACAGCUCGAACAGGUGCUGGAGGAGCCAUCAAAGUAAUGAUAUCCUGCGAGUAAUAAGACUGGUGCAGUUUAGGGAUGGGUACUGCAUUAAUUUCAGUGUGGGAAAUAAUGAUGACCUGUUACCUGACGUACAGUAACUCCUUCAGGCUCUUCUCUCUGUCAAGUGAACACUAUAUUCAUUCACUUACAAUAACAGAGGAUCCAUUUUUCCAUAUGCUGCAUGCUUUCAAAGCAUUCUCUAUUUCAUAAUAAAAAAUACCCAUUCAGCUAGAGGAAAUGUAUGCAAUCACUGAUGUGUCACAA